AUUCAUGCAAAGUCCGAACUGUUGGAACUCUCCUACAUCAAUCCCAUGUGACAGUAUUACAGUUUUUCUCAAUUGCUAAAACACUAAAACCCACUGGCUGAACAAAGUUCUCAGUUGCCUGAACUUAUUUAGCUAACUGUGCAGUCUGUUGUCAAUACCUUAAACCAUUUCACAUGGUAAAACACAAUUUGCAGAUCUCACUUAGACUCUUCGGCAAAACGCUAAACACAUUCUCAUUCUCAAAACACAUUCUGCACUCCAAUGCACAUGUCAUCCAUACUGGUAAACACAAGUGGCAACAAUCAAAUACAAAUAGAGAACAUGUGUCAUUGAUUGAACACAACCACUCAAAAUUGAUUUAACCUGUUUCAAAUGAUGUGACACAACCAAUAUAAGCCCGUUCAGAAAGCAAACAGGUUGUUGAAGGUGGGAAGGAGAAAGUCUGAAAAUGGAUAGAAGAAACAAUGUGAGAGGACGAGUGCGUAUGCGAGGUGGGCGACGAGGAGGAGGGCAAGAAAGAGGAGGAGGAGGAGGGCAAGGAAGAGGAGGAGGAGGAGGAGGAGGAGGAGGAGGAGGAAGGAGAGGAAGAGGAAGAGGGCAAGAAAGAGGAGGAGGAGGAGGACAAAGAGGAAGAGGAAGACAAAGAGUGGAAAUAUCUGAUGAAAUUCGAGCAACAGUCAUAGACCAUGUUCUUUUCCAUGGACUGACAAUGAGGGAAGCAGGGCUUAGAGUGCAACCCAAUUUGAGCCGAUUUUCUGUGUCCACCAUAGUAAGGACAUUCAGAGAAGAGAACAGAAUUGCAAGGCUGCCACAUGCAGGUGGAAGGACACUUAUAUUCACUCGGGAGCAAGAGGCCGUUAUAGUGGGCAUGGUCCUUCAAGAUAAUCUAAUACGACUCAGAGAAAUCCAGGAACGAGUGAUACAAGACAACACACACUUCCAGGGAAUCGACAGUGUGAGCAUUUCCACAAUUGACCGUGUCCUCCAUCGAAACAGGAUGCGAAUGAAACAAGUAUACAGAGUACCUUUUGAGCGCAACUCACCAAGGGUGAAAGAACUGCGAGCUCAGUAUGUGCAAACAAUAUUUGACUUGGAAUCCUUGGACAGACCCCAUGAGUUCAUCUUUGUCGAUGAAGCAGGCUUCAAUCUAACGAAGAGGAGAAGGAGAGGCCGAAACAUGAUUGGACAGCGGGCCAUUGUUGAAGUCCCUGGUCAACGAGGUGGCAAUGUCACAAUCUGUGCUGCUAUCAGCAACCAUGGUGUUCUGCAUCACCAUGUUACACUCGGGCCAUAUAAUACCCAGCUUCUUCUAAGAUUUGUUGCAAAUCUAAGAGAUAUUUUAUUUGAGCAGCAGGUUCAAGAGCAGCAGGGUCAAGAGCUAAAUGACAAUCCCAUUCCCACCUAUGUGAUAGUGUGGGACAAUGUCAGUUUUCACAGAGCUGCUCAGGUAAGGGAAUGGUUUAACAUCAAUGGGCAGUUUAUGAACCUGUACCUCCCUCCAUACUCUCCUUUCCUGAAUCCGAUUGAGGAGUUUUUCUCCUCUUGGAGAUGGAAAGUUUAUGAUAGACAACCCUACACAAGAGUAAAUCUGCUGCAAGCCAUGGAUUUAGCCUGUGGUGAUAUAGGUGAGGAAUCAUGUCAGGGCUGGAUACGGCACACAAGAGGCUUCUUCCCCCGUUGCCUCAGGAGGGACAAUAUUGCUUGUGACGUCGAUGAAGUGCUCUGGCCUGACCCAGCCCAAAGACAAGAAGCACAUUGAUCAUCACAUGUUUACUCCUUUGAUUUUAUAUUACAGUACAUUGUAGGCUGUAUACUGUACAAUAAACAAAUUGUUUGGCUCUGAACAUUGUGCUUUCCAUUUGUGAACAGUACUGACUGCUCAAUAGAUUAUGAAUGGUUGCAGGUUCAUAUCAACAAAUAACAAUAAUUACACUAUCACAGAGACCAAGCACAAGUUUAUGAGAUGCAGGGUACAGUACUGUAAAAAUAGGGGUAGAAGGAGGAAGAACCAAAAAAAAACAUGCAAAGAGCAAAGCAGAGUAGUAAUUUCUGAUCAAUUUUGAGCUACUAUGGUAGAACAUGUUUUCGUUCAUCAAAAGACAAAUGACGGAAUAAUAUGAACUUUGUUUUGAGAUAAAAAAUUUACUUCUCCCUGAGAACUAUGUUUUGAACAAUGUAUUUUCUAUUUGUUGGUGUAUUGUUUACUGACUGCUUGAUAGUGUAUAUCAUUUUGAUCACUUUGUUUAUGAUUUGAGAGCAGUGUUUGAUUUUGAACACAGGUAAAACUGUUUUGAGGCGAAAGUUUCAUUUUGCAAGAGGAGUCAGAGGUUUUGUAAAUAGUGCUUGAAGAUGAGGUUUUGUGUUCAAUGUUUUCAGAAAAUGGAGCAAGGUUUCAGAAAUUGUGUUUUAGCAAUUGAGAAAAACUGUAAGUCUAGAGUAAGAUUUCGACAAUGAGUAGAUCCUGACAUGUGUUGUC